AUGUGUCCCCGUUAUCCAGAUCCUGUCCAACUGGACCACCCCAUCCCCAUCCUGAAGGAUGCUCUGGAAAAGGUGGACAAUCUCCUCCAGCACAAAAUCCGCAAUCCAGGCCUCCCAGCCUUGUCCGCCAUUGUCACCUACAACGACACGGUCUUGUGGACCGGUAACUUUGGGAAACGCAACGGCUCCAGUAACCUCUCCGGUCUUCCCAAUGAAUAUUCCAUUUACAGAAUUGGAAGCAUCUCCAAGCUGUUCCCAACCAUCAUGCUGCACAAGCUUUGGGAGGAAGGGAAGAUAAAUUCUCUGGAUGAUUCGUUGGAGCGCUAUGCCCCCAAUUUCUCCAUUAAAAACCCCUUGGGGCACCUCAAGGAAUCCAAGCAGACGCCUUCUUCGGUCACCCUGAGAAGGAUGGCCAGCCAACUGUCAGGUCUGCCCAGGCGCCUGCGGUCCACCAGCCUCGUGUGGAAAGGAACCACCCAAGAAGCAUUAGCUCUUCUCCGAGAUGACGUCUUGGUGGCUGAUCCAGGAACUCGGUGCCAUUACAGCAAUCUGGCCUUCUCGCUAUUGGCUCACGUUUUAUCUGAGCAAGUUGCCAAGGGCGACUACCAGAACUGGGUCUCCGAGAGCAUCCUUGACCCUCUGGGGAUGGAGGACACGGGCUUUGACCUCACGCCCAACCUCCGUUCCAGAUUGACCGUCGGCGUCUACGGCAGUGGAGAAGUGGCUCCUCUCUACGACCUGGGCUGGUAUAGACCUUCCGGGCAGAUGUUCUCCACCGCUGCCGACUUGGCCAAGUUAGCCAUGCUCUUCUUGGGCACCUAUCACCGGCGUCUUCUGGAGCCGGAGACUCUGAAGGUCAUGCUGACCCCGCUCUUGAGGUGCUCCAGGGACUACUUCGCCAACAAGACGGGCGCUCCUUGGGAGAUCAACGAGCAGAUGGGCUACGACCUCCUCCGGAAGGACGGGGACAUCGAUGGCUAUUCGGCCACCUUCUCCCUCGUCCCCAAACUCCGCCUGAGCUUCAUCCUCUUGAUGGCCGGUCCUCGCCCUCAAGGAGGAGACCUCGUAACCCAGACCUACGAGUACCUGAUUCCCUCCCUGGAGUCCGCUUUCCGGGAAGUCAAGAAGAAGCUCCAGUCUCCCCCGAGCCCUGCUCCCUACGUGGGCUACUACACCUUCUCCAACUUGACUUUCUACGAGGUCAAGGCGGGGCCCCGAGGAGAGCUGCUUAUGCAGCAGUUCGGACCUCACAUCGAGAAGGUCAUCCCCGAAAGCUACCGGACCAUUCAGCUCCAUCACCUGGAAGACCGUACCUUCCAGGUGGUCUUUGAGAAGGAAUUCCCGUGCAUCCUGAAGGUAGGGCCUGCCUCGAUUUCCCUCGAGGCCCAGGACGGUCAGCUUUUUAACUUCUACCCCUUUGACCCCAAGGGGCUGUCUCCUGGGUUUGACGUGCCAGGCUUGAACACCUACAACAUCCUACGUCUUCAAAGGAAGCCCAUCUUCUCUUCUUAA